UCUCCCCAUCGCUAAACAAAAAAGCCGAAGGGCCGCUCGUUCGAAAAUAUAUAUUCAGACAAGAACGUCUCCGACGGACAUCUUCCUCUCUGCAUCUCUCUCCUCCAUUCCUCCGAGACUGAUCUUCCCUUACGAGAUGGCAUUGCAACAGAAGAAUAUUGCUGCUGAGGAACCAACCACAAGUGGGCACGACACGACUCUGGAGGAAGCUGAUUCUGCUAUCGGUGGUUGUCUUUCUGACGUGAAUAACAAUGGUGACAGCAAUGGAAUGGCAGAAGCAGAUAGAAACAUCAAGGAAACUCAGAGUUUCCCUGGCAUAUAUAGGCAAGAUGUGGUGAGGAGCAAAAAAAAUGGAACGAUCGGUAUAGUGACUGAAGUUGCUGGGGACUCUGAUUCAGAUGGCAGCAUUACUGAUGAGGAGGAUGAAGACGAAGACGAUGAAGACGAUGCUGAAGACAGUGCAAAUGAGGAGACUGAUGGUGAUAGAAUCAAAUUAUCUCGGGAAAAUUGUGCCGGAAGCCAAGGUGAUGAGAAACCAGGUCCUCUAUCUGCCGACCAAGUUCGAGUGCUCUGGAUGAAUGACAUUGAGAGUACUCAAAGUCUUAAUGAAGUAACAGUCAUUGAUCGGGGAUUCUUACACGGGGAUUAUGUGGCUUCAGCCUUAGACCCUACAGGUCAAAUUGGUGUCGUGGUGGAUGUUAGUAUAAAUGUGGAUGUAUCAACUUAUAGUGGAUCUACUAUAGAAGAUAUACCAUCGAGAGAACUAAAGCGUGUGACGGAAUUUUCUAUUGGAGAUUAUGUUGUCCUCGGUCCGUGGCUGGGUAGAGUAGAUGGUGUUCUAGAUAAUGUGACUGUGCAGUUUGAUGAUGGUUCUGUCUGUAAAGUAAUGAAGGCUGAGCCACAUCGCCUCAAACCUAUCACCAAGAAUCUACUUGAAGAUGAGCAUUGUACUUAUUUUCCUGGUCAACGUGUCAAGGCUAGCUCUUCUUCGAUUUUCAAGAAUUCGAGAUGGCUAUCUGGGUUGUGGAAAGCUAAUAAGUUGGAGGGUACCGUAACCAAAGUCACGAUAGGCUCGGUGUUUAUAUAUUGGAUAGCGUCCGCUGGACACGGGCCUGAUUCUUCGACUGCUCCAGCGGAAGAACAGAGCCCGAAGAAACUGAAAUUACUGUCUUGCUUUUCCCAUGCAAAUUGGCAGCUAGGUGACUGGUGUCUUCUUCCAUCUUCAACACCAGCUUCGUCUCUAUUAUACAAGGGUUUGUCAAGACUAGAACUUGAUGACUCGCUCAACAGUGAGUUAGAUAGCUCUCAACCGGAAAAGGAGGUUGCAUUGGAUGAGUCAAUUGACAACAGAGAGUUCAUGGAUACUGAUGCAGACACUGUAUUGGACCCAAAGGCUCCAUUGGAAUCAAUUACACGAUACGCAGCCUCAUCUGAGUCUAGCUCAUGUAGCAGUUCAUUGUCGGUUGCCAAGGAAACUCUUCAUGAACCUUGGCCUCUUCAUCGGAAAAAGAUUCGUAAAGUUGUUCUGAAGAGGGACAAGAAGAUUCGAAGGAAAGAGGAAAAUUUUGAAAAAGCUCUUCAAAUUGUCAAUACCAGAACAAAAGUUGAUGUGGCGUGGCAGGACGGUCAGAUUGAACGCUGUCUGGACUCAACAAAAUUGAUUCCAAUUGAGACGCCUGGUGAUCAUGAAUUUGUUGCUGAACAGUAUGUGGUCGAAAAGGCUGCUGAUGACGAGGAUUAUGCUGGUGAAGUUCGGCGUGUUGGGGUAGUGAAAAGUGUAAAUGCCAAAGAGCGAACAGCUCGUGUCAACUGGUUAAAACCAGUUGCCAGGCCAGAAGAUACUCGUGAGUUUGAGAAAGAGGAAGUUGUUAGUGUCUAUGAGCUGGAGGGACAUCCAGAUUAUGACUAUUGUUAUGGUGACGUCGUUGUACGUUUGUCCCCAGUUUCUGCUUCUUUGCAAAUGGAUUCUGGUAUGAAAUCUAUCGAGACAGGAAUGCAACAAAGCGUGCCAGAGGAGGAUACAACAGAUAACGAAGAAGACAGCUUGGGGACUCAAAAGGUCGAGGAAGUCACCGACAAUGAAGCUACCUCUACCUUUACAGAUCUUUCAUGGGUCGGUAAUAUAACCGGGCUUAAAGAUGGUGACAUUGAAGUUACAUGGGCUGACGGGAUGGUUUCAACGGUCGGACCGCAGGCCAUAUAUGUUGUCGGUCGAGAUGAUGACGAUGCGUCGAUUGCUUCUGGCAGCGGGGUUAGCGAUGCUGCAAGUUGGGAAACUGUAGAUGAUGAUGAAAUGGACGCUGUAGCAAAUGACAAAGAGGAGGUUGGACUUGCAAAUGAUGAUGACAAUGAUUCUGGAGAAGAGAGUGUGGAAAACCAUACUGGAAUGAAUUCAGCACUUUCUUUUCCUUUGGCUGCGAUUGGAUUUGUAACCAGAUUGGCAACUGGAAUAUUUUCACGAGGCCGGAAAAAUCUGGACUCUGGUUUGGAUUCUGAAGCUGAAAAUGACAGUCAUUCCCAGAUGUUGAUGCAAAGUUCCGAUGGAUUAUAUUCUAGUGACGAGUGUAGCUCGCAGAAAUCUAACAUCAUGGACUGUACGGGUACAGACACGACUUAUCUUAUUGGGGAUCAAGAUAUUUCUGGGAUAGUUCCUGAUCCAGUGGAUGCAGCUGAAAGUUUACGCAAUACGAGGCCUCAGGAAGUAGAUGCUCCAGCCUCCUAUGAAGAAACUACUUGCACUUUUAAACGUUUUGAUACGGCUAGAGAUCCUCUAGAUCACUAUUUCAUUGGCACGAAUGGACAGGUCAAUGGUGGAAGAAAGUGGUUCAAGAAGGUACAGCAAGACUGGAAUAUCCUUCAGAAUAACCUCCCUGAUGGGAUUUAUGUACGAGUCUAUGAAGACCGAAUGGAUCUUGUGAGGGCAGUAAUUGUCGGGGCGUAUGCGACACCCUACCAAGAUGGUCUUUUUUUCUUUGACUUUCACCUUCCCCCAGAGUAUCCCGAUGUUCCACCAUCAGCAUAUUAUCAUUCUGGCGGAUGGCGGAUUAAUCCCAACUUGUAUGAGGAGGGGAAAGUUUGCCUUAGCCUUUUGAACACCUGGACUGGCAGAGGAAAUGAAGUGUGGGAUCCCUUAUCUUCUAGCAUUCUUCAAGUGUUGGUUUCACUCCAAGGAUUGGUGCUCAAUUCUAAACCAUACUUCAAUGAGGCAGGGUAUGAUAAGCAAAUUGGGACAGCUGAAGGAGAGAAAAACUCGUUGGCCUAUAAUGAGAACACUUUCUUGCUGAAUUGUAAGACAAUGCUGAAUCUAAUGCGAAAGCCCCCCAAGGACUUCGAAGACCUUGUCAAGGAGCAUUUUCAGAAGCGUGGCUUUUACAUCCUCAAGGCUUGUGAUGCAUAUAUGAAGGGAUAUUUAAUCGGAUCUCUCACGAAGGAUGCCUCUGUAAGCAGUGAAAACAAUGCAAAUUCAACAUCGGUUGGCUUCAAGCUUAUGUUAGCCAAGAUUGUACCAAAGCUUCUCUUGGCUUUGGAUGAAGCUGGAGCUGAUUGCAAUGAAUUCAGACAUUUGGGAGAACCAUAGCAGAUUCUGAAGUCUAAGCCUCUGCCUCUUUCUAGUCAAAGAGGUUAGCUUUGCGAUUCACUACGAUUUCGUUCACCAACAGAUAUUUGUUGAUGUAAAGACUUCCAUUCCUGUGCAAAUGAAGAACAGUCGAUUUGCGCAGCAACAUUCUUUGCUGAUUGGUGAAUGACAUGUUUUAGAAGCUUGGUUUCCUUUUGAGCAAAAAAUGCGCGUUUCCUUGUGAUUGUUCCAACACUAGUGCCAAAUGUAUAUUUUGGGGUGGCCACAUCAAUUUUUUUUCUGCGGAAGUUGGCCUCCGUGUGUACUGACUUCAUUUUUUUUUAUAGGAAAAGUUUUGGAUCUUGGAACGUAUAAUCUAUCUUAUUCAUUGUCAA